CGGCCGAGAUUAAGCUUUCCCACUAAGCCUUCCAAGUUACUGAUCAAGUUUCCCUUUUGACCUGUUCUUUUGCCUUUCCAUAUACAUACACAGCCAUACUCUUGCUUUCUCUUCAUUCUGGAAACCGCCUUUUGGCUUUAUCUUUAGGACACGCAACCUACUGAUUCUUCUUGCCUGAGAUAGAGCAAAAAUUAAGGAAGGAAGAAAAUGCCAGGAGAUAGGAAGAUAGGAGUGGCUAUGGACUUCUCAUGUAGCAGCAAGAACGCUCUUAAGUGGGCUAUAAAUAACUUGGCUGACAAGGGUGACAUCCUUUACAUCAUCCACAUCAAUCCUAACUCUCUCGAUGAGUCUCGCAACGCUCUCUGGGCCAAAUCUGGUUCUCCACUUAUUCCUUUGACAGAGUUUAGAGAGCCAGAGACUCUGAAGAAGUACGAUGUUAAAACUGAUAUUGAAGUUCUUGACAUGCUUGACACUGCUUCUAGACAAAAAGAGAUAAACGUUGUCACAAAACUGUAUUGGGGAGGAGAUGCUAGAGAAAAGAUUCUUGAUGCUAUUGAAGAUCUAAAACUUGACUCUUUGGUUAUGGGAAGCAGAGGACUUGGAACUGUUAAAAGGAUUAUCUUGGGUAGUGUGAGCAACUAUGUUAUGACACAUGCACCUUGCCCUGUUACCAUCGUCAAGGAAUCACCAAGGUCCAGCAAGCACUGAUAAGUUAAUGUAUUUCGAAGUUGAUUUACAAAAAAUAAUUUGAUUAAAUAGUGUUGAGAUCCGAGUGUAUGCUUUUAUCUGCUGUUCCUGUUUGGUUGAUCAUGUUUACUAUGUAGGCUAAGGAGUAAAGGUUUGUACCAAAUUCUUAAAUGUGUUACUGUGUCAGUCAAUGGAUUGUUCUGGAGAUAAAUAUCAAUUUGUAUCUUUGGUAUAGAUUUCACGCCCUACCAUUGAAAUCA